AUGAAGAAGGAGGCCAAGAAGGAGGAGCCCAAGAGGGGUGAGGAGGCACUCAUCAUCCCUCCGGACGCCGUCAGUGUAGAUUGCAAGGACACAGAUGAAGUGAUACCAGUUCACCAGAGAGCCUGGUGUUGGUGCAUGUGCUUUGGGGUUGCGUUCAUGCUCGCUGGAGUAAUCCUUGGAGGGGCAUACCUGUACAAAUACUUUGCAUUUCAUCAGGAUGAUAUCUACUACUGUGGCAUAAAAUACAUCAAAGAUGACUUAAUCCUAAACGAGCCCUCUGCAAAUGCUCCAGCUGCUCGCUUCCAGACAAUUGAAGAAAAUAUUAAGAUCCUCGAGGAAGAUAAUGUGGAAUUCAUCAGUGUGCCUGUCCCAGAGUUUGCUGAUAGUGAUCCUGCCAACAUUGUUCAUGACUUUCACAAGAAACUUACAGCCUAUCUCGACCUUAAUUUGGAUAAAUGCUAUGUGAUUCCUCUGAAUACUUCCAUUAUGAUGCCUCCCAAAAACUUACUGGAGUUGCUCAUCAACAUCAAGGCUGGAACCUAUUUGCCUCAAUCCUAUCUGAUUCAUGAGCAUAUGUUCAGUAAUUUUGUAGGCAUGCAGAUAAGACAGCGUCGGGUCGCUAAGGCCCGGGGAAAGAUACAGUCCCGCCUCGGGGAAGAGCGCGCUAGGCUCUUAGCGAAGCCUGUGGCUCCGUCGAAUCCCCGGGCAGAGGAGAGGGAAGCGGACAACUCACCCCGGGACAGCAAGGUAGAGAGGCUCGCCUGA